CAGUGCCCGCGGAGCCCCUGCUGCACAUGGACGCCUGGCAGUCCUAGCUCCUACCACUCCUGCUGCACGUUCACUUUUACAAGAAGACGGAACAGAAUCUAAUAAAGCCUUCGCUAUGGAAGUUUGCUGGAGUUUUUAUGGUUACUAGUGGAACAAAUGCAGCCGUAUGCAGAUCUUAUGCAUUACAUACCAUUUGUGUGAAAGGGAGGAAGAUCUGAAAUAUGAUCCAGACUGUAACUUCUGUUUAGAAAAGCGCUUGAACAGUUCAUCUCAUUACAUUCUGUGUGACGACAGGAAGUGGACGGUUACCGACAGAGAGAAGAUGGAUGGCUCUUCUACAGAAUUGUUGCCUUGUCCUCUAUGGUCUCCUUCUGAAGAAUCUAAGCCUUUUCCUUCGGAGAGCUUAAGCCGUUCUAACUAGAAGAAAAGCUUCUUCCAAAUAAAUGGGCACGCUCAAUACUUAGCUGCACACUUUAUUUCUUCUCAUCUCUCAGGGACAUUAUCCUACAUGGGCACUGCUCCAACCAGAUCUGGUUACCCCAGUCACUAUGGAAGACCAGCAGAUGUACAAGACACAGCUCGUCUCCAACAGUAGCGAUAGUUUGUACUAUCAACAAAUGCAGCAUCAGGCAAACAGCCAGCUGCUCAACCACAGUUACGACUCUCUGGACUUGAACGCCUCCGAGUCCUCUUCAUCCUCUCCUCACUUGUCCCAAGAUUCCAGAGAGAUCACAUUAAAUCCUGGAGCUAAAAAUACCGGACAGGUCGAUGCAUCUAGAACUUUACAUUGGUCGAAUGUAGGUAACCACACUCAGGGAGGCAAUAAUAUGAAUUGCUAUGACCAAAGCUUACAAUGGAAUUCACAGGUACCAAACGAUCCCACAUCUGGCGCCUACCAGAUGUCUUACUAUCCCGAACUGGAUAAUCGUCCGAAAAUGACCAGCAGAGCAUUACAUAAGUUGGAUUCUUUCACGCAGGUGUUUGCUAGGCAGAACUUAAGAAUCCAUGCCAUGGCUCAGGGUUUACCCGAACAGUCGCUGGCGGACUGUGACAGUGCUCUCAGGCAGCUGCUGUCAGUCAAACCAACGGGUGUGCAGCAAGCUACCACUAUGGACAGGUAUCCUCAGGUCUCUCAGCAGAUGCAUCCAAGCCUAUCCAACCAACAGCAGAAGCCUCCUCUACAGCCCAUGCAGCAAUCCCAGUCAUUUUACUAUGAUUACUUCCCGCAUGCCACUCAGAUGCCGCCCGAGCCUUCAAUGCAGCAGUAUGGGCAGCAGGGACAGUCCAAUCAGGUUCUAGCACAACACGGACAGGGCUUGCAACAGACUCGGUAUUAUGUGCAGCAUCAACAGCCAGAACAGCAUCGACUCUUACACCAGGGAGUACAGCAGCAGGGUCCGUUCUCUGGUCAGCUGUCUGAGUACUACCAAGUGCAGGCAGCAGGGCAAGAAAUGCAUCACAACGUACUGCAAUCCCAUCACCAUCAUGUGCAGCUUCAACAUCAGCAACCACCGUACAGCAAUUCCAAAGCCGAGCAGUAUGCCCAAAAUCAGUCCCACGACAUGCAUCUGAUUCAGCUAGGUGCAGUGCCGCAGUACAUGUUUCAGAACGCACAACCAGUCAGAAAUUCGUAUAAACAGCAUGUAGCCCCGCAACUGCCCCUUCAUCAGGAUAACAGUGCUCAAAAGCCAUAUAAAAAUGAAGCUCAACCUCCGGCUCUUAUGAGGAGAUCUGUGGGGCUAUCGAAUACAGACAACUUAAAUGACUACAGCCAGGACAGUAUGGGAAUAAUGGCGGAUGGUGCCCCUCAACGACAUGCUUUAACGCAGGAUAACUCCUACUUGCUAAGUAAUCAAGGAGCGCGGCAUUCUCCAAGCGCGGCAUGGCCCCAGCAUGUGUCGGAUGGGAAAGUCGGGACUGUCUCUCCAGACAACAGCAAGUUAUUCCUGGACGAGUCGAAAAGCCGGCUCACGUGCUCAGUAUGCUUCAAGGAAUUCAAGAGCCUUCCAGCCCUGAACGGACACUUGAGGUCACAUGGUGGGGUGCGAACAGUCCCCAAACAGGACGAAGGCCAGAAGUCACAGACUAGCGAGGCGGAAAACCUCACGCCCAUCGUCAUGCCUGUGUCUGUACCUGUAAAGCUUACGCCACCUGAUGCCAAUGCUCAGCUCAGCUGCAGAGCAGAUCAGCCAGCGAACAGCAUGUCCGAUGACGAAAUGCCCAUCUUAACCAGGAUGACUUGCUCCCCAACAUCCUCCCCAAAGGCGGACAGCUCCCGCACGUCUUCUGAAAUGAUCAGAAAACUUCAAGAACCCAGUACGAAAUUGGUCAAAGCACAGGGAACCAAACCUCAGCAAGAAAGGCGGAAAUAUCGCCACAGACCUGAACCUCUGUUCAUCCCUCCUCCUUUCCUCGGUGCAAAUCUAUCUCAUUUUGGGGCAACAUUGUACCAAAGCCAGCUCCGCUCCCCUCGCCUCAUUGCGGAUCCCUUGCUUCUGAGAACUCAGGAGCCACUCACCUACACUCCACCGCCUAUGCUUAGCCCUGUGCGCCAAGGAUCCGGACUUUUCAGUAGCGUCAUCACAUCAGCACACAAUGCUCAUCUUCCGCUCACCCCGUUGACACCCACUCCAAGAGUGCUGCUCUGCCGAUAUAAAUGCAUUGAUGGGACCACUGCUACAGUAACGCCAGGACCUGGAGAACAAACUGUUGAUGUUGAACCGAAAAUCAAUAUUGGAUCAAGAUUCCAGGCCAAGAUCCCAGAUCUUCAGCACCGCUCAUUGCUUGAGAAAGAUACGCACAAAGCGACCUUGGUGUGGAAACCGUGGCCGGACCUAGAGAGUGAAGAAUCGCAACACAGAGUGGAGGUGUUCCUGAGCAUGUCGUGUUCCAGCGUACUACCAGGAGGAGGAACCAACAUGGAAUACGCUCUGCAUUCUCUCUUUGAAGCCAAUGGAAACAUCAUGACUGCAUUGGAGCUGCUGCUUUUAAGAAAUGCACCAAGGCUGAAAACCCAUCCACUGGCAAGUUACCACUAUGCAGGAUCCGAUUACUGGACCACCAACGAGAAGAAGAGUUUUAACAAAGCAAUAAACACCUGCAAUAAGGAUUUAUUCCAUGUCCAGAAGAUGAUAAAGACAAAGACGGUGUCGCAGUGCGUAGAAUAUUAUUACACCUGGAAGAAGAUCCUGCACAUGGGCCGCAGGAAGAGGUCACGUCUCAUUGAACUGCAUGAGGAUGAUACGACCAGUGUGGAUGACGUGGAUGAGGAGGAUGGCGAUGAACCCAAGAAGAACGAUUCAGCCCAUCAACCAGUGCAGAAAACUGCAGAACUACUACAUCCAGCAGUGAUCGACCAUUCUGUACCUGCACACCCUGGCCCUCCAGCCGCCAACUUUGUGUGUGAAAUGGGAAACUGCGGAGCUAUAUUCUGCUCCAGGCAGGCUCUGAACGGCCAUGCCCGUAUUCACGGAGGAACAGCUACCCCCGCCAAGGUGUUUACAGCUACAAGUACAGGAAGACCCAAAUCAGGGGCUCAGAGUGAAUACUGUUCUGUGAAGAGCUCCCCGGCGCACAGCACCACCAGCGGGGAGACCGACGCUACAUCCGUAUUCCCAUGUAAACUCUGUGGCAAGGUCUUCUACAAGAUCAAGAGUCGUAACGCGCACAUGAAGACUCACAGGCAGCAGGAGGAGCAGCAGAGGCAGAAGGCACAGAAGGCGGCGGUGGCAGCGGAAAUGGCCGACACCAUUGCAAGGACUAUAGUAAGGACUACUUUGCCCACGGACAAUAUCAUGCCGUUUGAUCCCUUCAGCCUGAUUAAAAGCUUGAAAGAAGAGUUUGAUGACGAUGUGGCCCAGGAUUUAGAAGAUGUCCUAAAGGAGACAGAGGUCAUGCACCCCGAUCUGAUCUUGGAUGAUGAGGAUGUGGAUCUACUGCAGGAUGGGGACUUGUAGCCACCAACAUGGAUCCUUGCAUCCAUUUCAGUUAUAGUUGGGGGUUCAUUUUGUUGGCUGAGCAUUAUAUGCCCUGGAGCCACCAACUCGCUGUAACACAAAGUACGAUGUGAAGCUUUACUGAAUUCGAAUUUGUUUGCCGUUGUUAAAGGGCUUGGCGCAUCUCAGACAUUAAUGACACAUCGCUAGAAUAUGCCAUCAGUGUCAGACAGAAGCGGGUCCCACCUCUAGGAAUGGGACCCCAAAGUGAAGGAGAGCCCAUCCAUAGCUUGCUCUCUAUUCACUACUAUGGGAAUUCUGAAAAUACCGGAGUGAGCUUGCUCGGCUAUUUCCAGAAGUCCCAUUGCAGUGAAAGGAGAGCGCACCGCACAUGCACAGCCACCUCUCUAUUCACAGCUAUGAGAGCUAGAAGCGGGUCACAGAGGUAGGACCUGCACCUGUCUGAUAUUGAUGGCAUAUCCUAGAGAUAUAUCAAUGCCUGAGAUAGGAAUACCCCUCUAAGGCUGUUUACAUUCAUUGCUCAGGCAAAACCGUGACCAUGGUGGCCACCAUUUUGUGGUCAGACCGUUGUGCAGUGUAGCAGUUACCUAUUCAGACCCCAACAAGGUUCAUUUAUUCUGGUAAAUACACAAGCCUGCGAUCUCCAUGGUUAUUUUGGGAUAAAAAUAUGAAAAAUCAAUAGUGUUCUCAUGAGAAGUCUUCUCUGCUGGUUUUUCAUAGGGACAUUGCGUGGAUCCAAAUCCACACCGUCCCUGUGAUUAUCCACACAAAGCUGCCAUUGAAGAUGUGGAGAUUGGUGUAAAUGACUAUCUGGAUUCUUACAGCGUCCCUAUGACAAGUCGUCUGGAAAAACCCAGAGCAUAGGAGGGAAGUGUCAUGGGGCUAUAACGUCAAUGAACGAUGAAAAAUAUUACAGGCAGGAACCAAAGGGAACGACAUGUUUACAUAUAAGGAAGAUUCUUCUAGAAGCUGACUGUACAUGACUACUAUACCGAAUACUCUCCAUCCACCAAACCCAAUGUGAUGAUGGGAGCUGUAGUACUGGAGGAUCAUAGGGAUGUCCAUUUUAAAUGAAGGACACUACGGCUAUCCAUUGGGUUGGAGCCCCUUGUUUGUCUCCCCCUACUAAUGGGGGGCUACCAGCAAUAUGAACCCAAGCAGUUAGCUGCUGGACCCCGUUAUUCAGAUAAGGACAUCUUCGAUGAUAUACCAGAAGAGCUGUGCCCAGGAAUGGUGGUGAUGUUGCCCGUGGUAACCCCCCAGAUUGCAGUUCUCAACCUGUGAUCCGAUUGGAUACUAUCGGCAGCUUCUCCCCCAUUACGGUACGUAAGUCAUUCUAAGUUUCGCUUUGGGCUCCUCCCAGAUCCCUGACUUUUGUUUAACCAUCCUUAGAAACAAGAUGGUGUCCUCGUUCUUUGUUUUGUUUAGGGUGGAUGUCGUGAUGUACUAAAUGAGUGUUUGAAACGGGAUUCUAUUUUAAUUAAUGUGUUUUUAAAAUGUUUUAUUUUUUUAUUAUCAGACUGGUCUCUUAAAAAGUUUUUCUAAAGUGCAACCUUCCUCACAUGGGGCCUCGAGCGUACACCAGGAUGAAAGAAAAUGUAUAUACUAGGCCUUAAGUAGCGCAGAGAGAAAAUGGGGCAACCGCCACCGUAGCCAAUCAGAUCUCUGCUUCACCUGGUGUUACCAUAUUUUUUAUGGCUUUUUUAUUGUCAAUUUUAUACACGCAGACACCUAAGGGAAAAACUUCUGAAAAACGACCUGUAUAAAAUUUA